AUGGUUGGUGGUGGUGAAGCAGAAGAAGAUGAGCAGUUGCCAUUGCUCAUAAGCUCUUCUUCAACAAAUGAACUCAGCCAACAACCUCUCAAAAGAACUGGAACCAUAUGGACUGCAGUAGCACAUAUAAUCACAGGUGUGAUAGGAGCAGGGGUACUAUCCCUUGCCUGGAGUGUGGCUCAGCUGGGGUGGGUUGCAGGUCCAUUGUUUAUGCUAGUCUUUGCUGCAGUCACCAUUAUUUCAAACAACCUCCUCAGUGACUGCUACAGAUACCCGGAUUCGGAUGGCCCAACCAGAUCCCGAUCCUACAUGGAAGCUGUCAAGAUCUACUUAGGAGAGAAGAGGCAAACUGUGUCUGCAAUAUUUAUACAUGAGAGCUUGUAUGGCACUUGCAUUGCCUAUAUCAUUACAGCUGCUAGCAGCGUCAGGUAUUCUUUAUCAAACCUUUCUCUGCCUUUGGGCUGA